UAAUUUCUGGCAAGUUGCUUUCCGCAGGCCGCAAAAUAAGGCUUUGACUUAAUCUCCUUUGGUGUUAUCGAUACUCAAUCGUCAAAAAUAAUUCGGAUUUUGAAGUUUAGGAGUCGUCAAUUAAUGCCCAGACAGAGUACAAUUGAAUAAGUGUUCCCUCGUAAGAUAUGGACAUUCGAAAUGGACGCACAUGUUUAAUUAAAGAGGCUGCAUCUGGAUCGUAGCGGAUCGCCUGGGAUCAAAAUGUACGAUGGUGUAGGACUUACAACCCCAAGAGGAUCAGGCACAUCCGGUCAUGUGCAACGUAAUUUUGCAGCUGUAUCCAAAAGAGAAAAGCAAAAAAAUAAAAGUCUCUCAGAAUCAAUAAUCAAACAACCAAAUAAGGAAAUUCUUGAACAUGAGAGAAAAAGACAAAUAGAAGUUGAAUGCAUGGAAUUGUCAGAUAAAUUAGAGAUUGAUGGUUGUACUCAAGAACAGAUUGAUACAGAAGUUGAUGCUUAUAGGAAAAUGAGACUAGAAGAUUAUGAAAAUGGAGAAUUAGAUGAUUCAAGGAUCGGAAAUUCACAUCAGAGAGCAGAAGCUCAACAUAAAAGAAAUGCAAGAUUAGAAGAAAUAUUUGGUGUAUCAAUGCGGCAGCCAGUAUUUACAACUAGUCAUAAUGAAGAAAGUCAAAAUUAA